ACGGGUUUGGCGUGCGUCCGCGGGGCCGCGCCCACCAUUCUGCGGGUGGGACUGGGCGUGGCCAGAGGAGGGUGUUCAGGACGCGGAGAGCCUUUAAUUUGGGGGAGGGGGAGCGGCAGGCCCAGGCGGGGCUCGCGCACCUCCCCACCCGUCUCCACGGGAGAAGUGGCUAAGGGGUGGGACGGGGUGGGGUCGGCGGUUGCAGCCCUAAGAGUGGGGCCUCCUUUCUCUCCAUAGCCCCUGUCUGCGAGCCGAGCCCCGGUGAGGCAGGAAUGGCCCCGAGGCCUCCGACAGCCGCGUCCCAGGAAUCAGUGACCUUCAAGGAUGUGGCUGUGGACUUCACCCAGGAAGAAUGGCACCACGUGGACCCUGCUCAGAGGCGCUUGUACAGGGAUGUGAUGCUGGAGAACUAUAGCCACCUGGUUUUUCUUGGAUAUCAAGUUUCCAAGCCAGAGGUGAUCUUCAAAUUGGAGCAAGGAGAAGAGCCGUGGAUAACAGAGGGAGAAAUCCAAAGACCUUUCUGUCCAGACUGGAAGACCAGGCCUGAAGCCAAAUCAUCAAAUCUGCAGCAGAGCAUAUCUGAAAUAUCCCGUAGCACAGAUGAUCUCUCACAUGUCACAUUAGAAGAUGUUUGGGAUGUUAGCAGCCAAUUAGAGAAGCACCGGGAAAACUGGAAGAGAUAUCUGGGGCCAGAUGCAUCCACCCAGAAGAAAAUACUCACACCAGAGGAAAGUUUUGAGCAAAAUAAAUUUGGUGAAAACUCUAGAUUGAACACAAACCUGGUUACACAACUGAACAUUCCUUCAAGGCCUAGUGAAUGUGAUACACUUGAAAGCAGUUUGGGACAUAAUUCAGACUUACUUAAUCAGAGUAAUAUCCUUGUAAAAAAGAAACCUUAUAAAUGUAAUAAAUGUAGAAAAGCCUUUAUUCAUAGAUCAUCACUUACUAAACAUGAGAAAACUCAUAAAGGAGAGGGAGCCUUCCCCAAUGGUACAGAUCAGGGAAUUUAUCCUGGAAAGAAACACCAUGAAUGUACUGACUGUGGGAAAACCUUCCUCUGGAAAACACAACUUACUGAGCAUCAGAGAAUUCACACUGGGGAAAAGCCCUUUGAAUGUAAUGUGUGUGGGAAGGCCUUCCGGCAUAGCUCAUCCCUUGGUCAGCAUGAGAAUGCUCAUACUGGAGAGAAACCCUACCAAUGUAGUCUCUGUGGGAAAGCCUUCCAGCGCAGCUCCUCCCUUGUUCAACACCAGAGAAUUCACACUGGAGAAAAACCCUAUCGAUGUAAUUUAUGUGGGCGGUCUUUUAGGCAUGGCACAUCCCUCACUCAACAUGAGGUCACGCAUAGUGGAGAGAAACCCUUCCAGUGUAAGGAAUGUGGGAAAGCCUUUAGUCGAUGUUCUUCCCUUGUGCAGCAUGAGAGGACUCAUACAGGAGAGAAACCUUUUGAAUGUAGCAUAUGUGGGAGGGCUUUUGGUCAGAGCCCAUCCCUUUAUAAACAUAUGAGGAUUCAUAAGAGAGGAAAACCUUACCAAAGCAAUAACUACAGCAUAGAUUUCAAGCACAGUUCAUCUCUUACUCAAGAUGAAAGCACUCUUACUGAAGUGAAAUCCUAUCGUUGUAAUGACUGUGGGGAAAACUUCAGUCACAUUGCAGAGUUUACUGACCAUCAGAGGAUCCAUACUGGAGAGAAUCCUUAUGAUUGUGAGCAGGACUUGAGUCGACAACCUAUUUCUCAUCUUGGAGAGAAACCCUAUCAGUGUAAUGUAUGUGGAAAAGCUUUCAAAAGGAGUACAAGUUUCAUAGAGCAUCACAGAAUUCAUACUGGAGAAAAACCCUAUGAAUGUAAUGAAUGUGGAGAAGCAUUCAGUCGACGCUCAUCACUUACUCAACAUGAGAGAACCCACACUGGCGAGAAACCCUAUGAAUGUAUUGACUGUGGGAAAGCCUUCAGUCAAAGUUCUUCCCUCAUUCAGCAUGAGAGAACUCAUACUGGAGAAAAACCCUAUGAAUGUAAUGAAUGUGGGCGAGCCUUCCGAAAGAAAACCAAUCUGCAUGAUCAUCAGAGAAUUCAUACUGGAGAAAAACCCUAUGCUUGUAAGGAAUGUGGGAAAAACUUCAGUCGAAGCUCAGCUCUUACUAAACACCAGAGAAUUCAUACACGAAAUAAACUCUAGAUACCCUGAAAUUAAGGAAUGUGCAGGAAGCUUUAGCUAAAAUAUUGUUCAGUAUCAGAGGAUUCUUACGUGAGAGAAAGCUUGAGAAUGUAAUCAGUUAUGUGUGUGUUUGUAUGUUGUGUAUGGAGAAAACUGCUAGGAGACAGUUUUUUAAAUAAAUCCACAUUCUCAGAUAUGAUUAUAGAUUUUUGUAAAAACAACUACAAGCAUCAUAUAUAACCAGUUGGAAAUGAUAUGCUUAUAUAUUGGACUUUAUAAAGCUUUUGAAUAUAUGUAUGCAGGAGAUCACCAACUUUGAACAGUUUGACUUGUAACUCUUGUUUACAGACUUUUCUAAUAAUUAAAAAUCCUGCAGUAGUGACCAAAACUCACUUUUAAAAUUGCUUGACAACUGCAUUCAACUGUAGUUCUUACAUUAAAUUCACCAUGGAAACCAAUUCCACCUCCAGGAAUUCACCAUUCAAAGAAUUAGAUCAGCUGGUCCAACCACUUCAUUGUACAGAUGAAGAAACUGAAAGCCAAAGAUGUGAAGUGGUUUGCACAGUGCGAUGUAGCUUACAAUGGCAAAGCUGGGUGGAGAAUGCAGGUCUCUUGGAUCUUUGGCCCCAUGGCCUUGCCACUAAAAAGGUAUUUUGGAAUUCAGAGGGCUUUAAAAUAAAAUAAAUCAGAUGCACAAACGUUUAAUGAGCAUUUAUGAGUUGGGUACUUUGGGAAUUCAUAAAAGCAUAAGAGGCAGCAUAACGUGCAAAUUUGUCACAGACUUACCUAAAGCAGCUUGGUGGAAGCUUACAAACCAAAAUGUUAACAGAAACUGUAAAUAGUUGAACUACUGGUGACUUUUUUCCUUUUCCCAAGUAUCAUAAUUAUACUUUGUUAACGUACGUCGGUUUCACAGAACUAUUAAAUCCUCUUAUUGUGCUUUUUACGACACUCCCAUGAAAGAGCACCGCCCCAAGCUUCCUACAUUGGAUCAAUGGGAAAACAGCACAAAACUAAGAGGAGAAUUUUUCCCCAAAUUAAUUUUAUUGUAGAGAAGUAUAAAUCCAAUUACCCAUUGCCAUAAAAUUUGUCUUUAAAUUGGUUUAAAGAAUCAUCAUGUAAUGGCUCACUUUGUGUGCCAAGAAAAUAUUUCACCAUAAAACAACUUUUUUAGCUCUAUGCUGCUUUUCCAUCAGUAAAGCAUGAGCUAAACUUCAGUAGCCCACUCCAAUAUUUAAUGUCCCCUAAUGCCUCCCAUGGACUAUCCUAAAGGAGUUUCCAGAACCUUUGUUGGCUCAUUGGCACCGACAGUGCAGAUAAAUUUGGAAGCAACUGUGGAUGUUGACCCCUUUCACACAAGAGCCUCUCCCCUCUUCAGAUAAGCAAAUUUUCCCACCCUAAUGAUGGAUCAUGGGAAGGAGUGAUAUGGGUGGUGUUGAAGGUAAACCUUGCCUGAUGGCUUCUUUGCAUGCCAGGUAGCCGGAUCCAUCAUCCUUGUCUCAUUCUGGACAACAUGAGGCAGCUCCCAAACAUUCUUCAUAAUUCUUUGCAGGAAAAAUGUACGUGGGGGCUGAAAUGUGGGAUGUCUAGCUCAAUGAGUCUAUCACGUGGAACAAACAUGGGAUGCUCCACAGCAGAUCUGCCCUUCCAAGACGUUAUCUAUUCAAAAAUGCCUUGUUUGUGAUGUUCUGUGCUUAGAGCAUACAGAAUGUCAAGGCCAUGCUUGUGUUGUCUGAUACUUAGUUUGACAAUGGGUAAUUCUACUCCAUCCCUCCCCUACUGAUUGGCUAGGGUACCUAUCAGGAACUCAUUUUGCUGCUGAUUGUUUGGGGAUCCCCAUAGUGGACUUUUUGCAAGAAUGGCAUGAAUUGUAACCAAUUGAGUGCUACCCUACUGUUACAAAAGUUUGUAAAGACUUAGUUCCAGAAGACCCAGAGGAGACCACUGGUUUGUGUGUGGAGCCUGGCCUAGAUCAAACCAACCUCUGAAUCUCACUGCAUCUUCAUUGACAGGGAGGGAGCCAGGGAUGUGUGUGUGAUAGAGCAGAGGAUUCUGUAGUCCCAGCAACCAUGCACCAUGCACUUAUGAACACCCAGCUUUGUAGGCCAUGUGAAAUGCAUCCUUGUAACAUCAUUGUAUUAUUUCAAUAAAUAGCCUUCUUAGUUGAUGGGA